CUGUAAGAAUUGACUCAGCACUGAUAAAGUUGUAUUAUUAUUCGGGUGACUUGGGGGAAAAUUUAAUUAAGUUCCUUAGCCUGGUAUCCAGCUCAGUAGCUUUUGCUUUCCCUCCCUCCGUCUGCUGAUGAAACUUUCCUUUUCUCCAACCAUCAGCUUUUCACCGAAAACGAAAGUGACUCCUAACUCUCUCUCUCGGUGUGCGCGCGCGUGCCGGCUUUAUUUGUCUCACUGUUCAAUAUGUAGCACAGAAAUCUAAGAGUUUCCAGUGCAAACAUCCAUUUUUACUUUAUCAUCUCGUCAUGGAGAGUCGUGCAGGAGCAAACAUGCAGCACAACGAAGAAAAAAGUAUGGAGAAACUCAUGGACGAGCAUCUGAGAGCGAACGGACUCUACCGCAAGAAGAUAGCCAAGGACGGCUCGUGCUUAUUCAGAGCCGUGGCUGAGCAGGUGUUACACUGUCAGGGUCUGCACACCAAGGUCCGGGCCGAAUGUGUGAAAUACCUCAGGCAGAAACGGGACCUGUAUGAGUCGUUCAUUGAAGGUGAUUUUGAGGAAUACAUGUGCAAGCUUCAGGAUCCUCAGAGCUGGGUUGGACAGGUGGAAAUAACUGCUCUGGCUGCUCUUUAUAAGCAUGAUUUCAUCAUUUACCAGCAGCCUGGAGAGCCUCCAGUGAAAAUCACGGAGAAUGGCUACCCAGAUAAGGUGUUGCUCUGCUUCCUCAACAGGAACCAUUAUGACAGUGUAUACUCAAUAUCCUCUGUCAAAAACGCUGCUUUGUGCCAGUCGAUCCUCUACGAGCUGCUGUAUGACCGUGUGUUUGAUGUGGACCGGAGUGCGGUAAUGCCAAGCCUGAAGGCUUCCAAAGCAAAGAAUGAGACUAUCGAGACAGAGGAGCGUGAGAGCAGCGGGGACUCUGACCUGGAUGAUGGAGAUGAUUUCUGGUCCAGUGAGGCUACAGGCAAGACAGCCGGUGUGAACAACAGGACAGCUUACAAGGGCCGUGGGCGGGGCAAAGCUAGAGGAGUAGGGCGUGGCUGCCUGCCUCCUUCAGUAGAGGAGUCCCUGAACCCCACCCUUUUCAGGAAUGUGGCAUAUGAUGUGUGGAUGCGCUCAAAACGAGUUCAGCAGAGGAGGGAUUUCUGCAUGGCAGCUGGGAUGCAUUACAAGGCUGGAGACAAGUGCCAGGUGCGUCUGAAUAAUACUGAUCGCUUCUACAGUGCCUACAUUCAGGAUGUCAGCCCUGAUGAUGGACCUGUUACUGUCUUUAUUGAGGAACUUGGAAAUAAGUACACAGUCUCACUAUGGAAUCUGCGUACUCCUUCAGAAGACUCUUGGUCCACAGUGACGGAGAAAAGCAAAAAACAAACUGUAUCCAGCAGCAACGGGCCCACAGAGCGUGACACCAAAACGGGGAGGAAGCCCAUGAGGUCAGUGUCACAUGGUCCUACUGCAUCCUCAGGCUCCACUCCUGGCAACCGCGUACAACAGCAGCACUCUUGGCCCCCGCAGACCAGUGUAGAGCCUCAAUCAAUAGGAAAAAAUGAUAGCAGCAGGAGGAGUGAUCAGGGUGCAGGUGGGUUGUGUGUGUCGCCUGUAGAGGAAGAUGAACACGCACUGCUGGAGAUCCUGAACAAAGACGAGGAGAAUUUCCCAACACUUGAAGCCAGUGCACAGGCUGCUAGUGUUCAGAAGAGCAGAAGAGCUGAGAAAAAAGGCUCCCGAAAGAAAGCUCCUGCAGAUACCAAAGAGCAAUCUCUGAACCCUAUUCACAAAGCAGAAAGAGGAAAACAGGCAAAGAAAGGGUCAGUGGAUCAAGACCAAAGAAUAACUCCUCCUCCCAAAGAGGAUCCUAUCCCUACAACUUCUACUGCCUUAUCUGCCCCUUCAUCUUCAAAGUUCACAAAACCUUCCUCUUCAUCCACAACACCACCUGCCCGAGUUCCCUACAAAGCAUCAUCCUUGUCUGCUCGCAUUUCUCCCAUUAAUUCUCAGUGUGCCUCCACUCCAUCUACAAAACACCUGGACUCUUUACAGACUACUCCCAUUCAGUCUCAAACUGCCCCUGCUGCAUCCAAAAGACCCUCUGAUUCUUUACAGACUACCCACAUUCAGACUCAAACUGCCCCUGCUCCACCUACAAGACCCUCUGAUUCUUUACAGACUACUCCCAUUCAGACUCAAACUGUCCCUGUUCCAUCUACAAGACACCAGGAAUCUUUAAAGACUACCCCCAUUCAGUCCCAAACUGUCCCUGUUCCAUCUACAAGACACCCAGAAUCUUUAAAGACUACCCACAUGCAGUCUCCGACUGCCUCUGCUCCAUCUUCGAGACCCAUAGUCGAGGCUCAGACUUCCCUUGACACAUCUGAAGUGAUCCCAGUAUCUUUUCAGACUACAUUCUUUCAACCUCAAACUCUCCCUAUGCUCGUCACAACUGUAUCUUCCCCAUUAUCUUCUCAGUGUACCCCAACUGUUUGUCUAACUGUGCCCAAACCCAUCCCUGUGACAAUAAAUUCAUUACCCCAGAACUCUUCUCAAACAAUUCAGUCCCAGGUCUCAGAUCUGACUGCCACAAUAACUACCCCUGUGCCCCUAGAGCAUGUUCCAGAAGCUACUACCACUCCUAUUCUUUUCCAAACACCCACAAUACCCUUAUCUCCAGACAAACCUGUCCCUAACCCUGUAUCUACUCAAUUAUUCACCUCUUCUUCUCAGACUGCUCCUGUACCCACUCAUGCCUCCUCCCAAACUGCCUCCUCAACUAUCCAGGGUCCUGUCUCUGUCCCAUCUCAGAUUCCAUUUGCUGCUGAAGUGCCUGUUUCAACAGAUCUUUCUGCUACUGCAAAAUCUCCUCCUCCUGAACCGAUGGCAUCUGAGCAGCCUGAUUCAGCUGGUGUACCCACUCCAGUUCAUGCCACCCAUUCUAUUACUCAUCCUGCACAACCAUCCCCUUCUCUUGCCCCUUCUUACCCUGUUGGGUUUGGUACUCCUCUGCCUUAUCCACCCUACCCUCCUUAUUCUGCCCCUGUGCCAUGUUUAUCUCCAAAUGCAUCUGCCCCCAUGACGGAUCCCUGUCUUCCUCCUGCUGUCUCAACUCCACCUUUCUCUCGUGCUGCUGAAUCCUACUUGUAUGAUCAUGCAGCCCCAACUGUUGCAGCAGGUGCUGGAAGUGCCCUAGUGCCUGAUCCCCCAUCACAGCACUCCUUCACAUUAGCGCAGGUCUACCAAGACAUGCUUUACCCUGGUUUUCCUCAGAACGAAAAGGAUGAACAUGUCCAGCCCCCAUCAUUUUCCCGUGACAGAAAUGGAAAAGACCUUCCAAGCGAUGCAAGUGUCCUUAGAUUCUUCUUUAACCUUGGGCUUAAGGCGUACCUGUAUCAGAUGUUGCCCCCGGUUACCUACCUGGCACCACUGGUUCAGGCCUACCACCACAUGCAGCUCAAAGUCUCUCCUUCUCCUGUAUCCUGGCAACCAGACAACAACUCUAGACCAAUUUUUCCUACCCCUAACCCUCCCCCUGCUGUGAGCACCCCUGUUAGUCAUUUUGAGGUAAGGGGUAUGGUUCGCACCCCUUCUUCAAUGGAAGUUGGGGUGUUCAGCCAUCCUUCACUGCCUAUGCAAAUGCCAUUGCCUCUUGCAUCCCAUCCCUCUGUAUAUGCAGGUAUGUGUCCAGUGCCCCCCACUGGUCCACCGCUACAGUAUUCUGCCCCUCCCCCCUCUAUAGGCCCUCAGCAUCUCUCUGUACCCCCUCCCCAACAUUAUGGGAUGGAGAUCCCUAUGACAACAAUGGCACCAAUAAUGGAAGGAGCUCAGGGGGGUCAGGGGUCUUUGAAUCCACAAGUAGAAAAACCGUUUUGGGCUGGUCAGCAUCAACAACUUUCAGAGGGUGGAGACAUCAAGCCAGGAGCUGUCCCUGUUACCACAGAAAUACAGCACAAUAGUGGACCUCAAGCAGUUGUGAGUGGUGGUGAGCUGAGUAACGCGCCAGAGCCAAUGAUGUUGGCUAAUGGAAACAGACAGUCGAAGGGUGGAGGUUUCUUAGGAUCGUUACUGGAAGAGUGUAAGACGGAGAAGGCGGAGUUUUGUGACGCAAAUCUGAAAACAAGGCAGAGCUACCAAAGUCAGUCAUAUAAAUAUGGAAAUAGGUAUGGCCAGGAUGACAGAGGAGGGUUCAGGGGGCGGGGUUCACGUGGAAGAAGAGAUACAGGAUGGGGAAAACACGAUGGUCAAUUGCCUUACAACAGAGGGUCCGGUGGGAGGAACAGAGGACGGGGCUACAAUAACACCAGAGCAGCAGGAUACUCAGGGCAGAUGACACCUGCACCUGAAAGCUGACAAUCACUCGUUUCUUUUGCUACCAAUACUCUUUGAUUUGGGUGAUGUGUUCAUUUUUAAAACUUUCUCUUUUUCUCAUUUAAAGUUAUUUCGCCACUAUGUCUUCUCAGACUGGCGUAUCCACUCUGUAUUGAUGUGUCAGUUUAUAUUAAAGGUAAUAAAAGCUUGAAUGUGUGGGAGAUUUUUCUCCAAGCGGCGAAAUAUGGAGAGGAGCACCUUUUGGAGGGCACUAAAUAUGCACCGUGUCAAUCUUGUGAAAAGCACUGACUGUUCACUUCACAUUUAUCUCACUGAGGACAUUGAUGUGAUGAUUGAGGCUAUACCUGAAUCUCGUUUGUGAACUUUUGUUUACUGUUUCCUUUUAAACUUAGAGGUGUGUUCAUGUUCUGUUUUCAGUCAGCUCAGUCAUAUAAAAGGAAACUCCAAGAUCUUGCUUUUGCUUUUGAAAGUAGAUUUAUACUGUUGAUUUUGUUGUGUUUUUAAUGUAUGGUUCUGCACUUAUGAAGGAGUGAUUCAGCAAAAAAAAAAUCAGAAUUUGCCACCUCCAGUUGUAGUUCAUUAUCUAAGACAAGACCCUAUAUUUGCUUCUGCUUUCAUACUUUGUCUCAGAAAAGACACUUUUUUUGUGUUUAUUUGAAGAAAAGUGAUUCAUGCUAAAUACCCACUAUAACCAUAAUGGCAAUAUCAGCUGACUAACUAGUCUAACUUGCUCUUUACACUAGAUCUAUUAUCAGUAAUGCACAUGAAAUAAGAGUUGUUGUAACUUUGGUGGUGAGGUAAUUGUCUGUCUUUACUGUAGCUUAGGAGGCAGAAAAUGCAGGAGAAUAUGAGUUGCUGUGUUAAGCCACAGGUAAAGUCAGCCGCAAAAUAUUUUCAUCUCAUUGUAAAUCUCAUAUUCGCUUAAUUCAUUUUUAUCUGCACUUUAUACUCCCUUAUUUUGUUUUUCUCACUUGCAACCUGAUUGGUCAGGAAGUAAAAAACAAAAACUGGGCACUUUUCUGUAAAUGACUUCAUAGUAUGUUAAGGAAAUUAAACACCAUGUGUAAUAGCAGUCCAAGUUUCAUGCAGUGUACACUAUAUGGCCAAGUGUCUGUGAACAUCUGACCAUCACACCCAUUUGUGGGGCAUCCCUUAAACACUGUUCCAGCAUGAAGAUGUUUAACCAAUUACUGAUGCUCUCCAACUGAAUGAAUGCAGAUAGCAAAGUGAAUCUGGAACGUGACGUUCCUCAAGCACAUAUGGGCUUGAUGGUCCGAGGUUCACGUACGUUGACCAUACAAUGUAUAUGUACAAGGUUACUGUAUAGCAAAGCAGUAAAAAGCUGUGUCUAAAUAUGAACUAAACCUAACCAUGUAGAUGCACACUGGAAUGGUAUGAGGGCCAUCUUCACGCCUUCUAAAGAUGUUUGAAUCACAUAUGGUUGUAUAUUUAGUCACCUUUUUUGGGUAAGAGAUUCCAUUACUCAAUAACUUCAGUACAAAACCAAAAACGAAACGUCUCUCGGCUUAUCAGCUACAUUGAGGGUAACUAGCGACAGGAUGUAAAUUCGAAUACUUUUUAGCACAUAAGAAUUAAGAUUAUGAUUCUUGUUUUUGAGUUUUUAUUCAGUCUGUACACUGUAGACAUCUGCAACCUUAUGAUGCACUUUUAUUUCUGAACUCAACACAGGAUUUGUUCAGAUUAGGAAACAACAAUCUGUGUGAUGUCUGAAUUAAAGCCUAAUGACUGCAUCUCUCUCUCUCAUCUGCUGAAAGUGUGACAUGUCAGUUCUCAUGUAGUGCCUUAGACUUUAUUUGUUGAGUUCCUCAGUUCUCAUUUGUUAUUGCACUUGUGAUGUUGAGUGUGCCUUCUAAAUCAUGUGUUUGAGCAGUUUUUAAAUCGGAGUGCCUAUUUAUCACAACCAAAGAUGCAACAGGAUGCAAUUUUGAUACAAAACAUUAAUAAAGAGAGGUCUUUUCUCAGACGCUUUCUGUGUGUGUUUGCUUAUAAUGGAGGUUUUGAUAAUCUGGUUAUUUAUAGACACUCACCUGGUAACUAAUCUUAAUUAGAAUUCAGCUCAAGGCAAUCAUAAACUAUGAAAUCUUAAAUAUUCAGGAUGAACAGAUAAAAUAAAAUCUAGCUCUCAAGAUAAGGUCCUGAUCCCAGGGACAUGACUACGUUAAAGUGGCAUUUACAUAAACACACUCAAACAAGUUAAAUUGAUUUUUUAAUAAGAUGUAUCAUGGUAUAAUGAUUAAAAUAUUUUCAUCAACUAUACACUUGUUUGGCGUGUUGUUUCUCCCUCAAUCUUUGUAACCAGAAAAAACACAAACGGUGAUAAGUUUUAUUAUUGGUCAAAAAAAAAAAAAAAAACCAGAAGUCUCAUCUAGGUCCCACUGAUACAUUUUCUUUCUUUUUUUUUUUGUUUUGUUGUUUUGUUAAACAGCAUCCUCUCUCCUCCACUUCAUCCCCAUCCUCUA